GUAAUUUUUUCUUUUUUUAUUCAUAAACCCAUUGACUCAGUCACAAGAAGAAAAUUCAACCAGCUGACUCUCACCUACAAUUGAAUGUUCUCUGACUCUCAGCAACAAUGCAACUUUCAUACGGUAGUUUUUCAAUUUAUAUUUAUCUCCACACCUCACCCAAUCUUUGCUUAACUUACCCUCCUUAGGCAGCAAAAUAAUGACCGGAAACCCGAUUUUUCAGCGUGUUCUGUUUCUGUCAGUACUAUACCUCUCAGCUCUACAAAGCGACUCAUCGCUGGCCACGGCGGCAUACCAUCCUCCUUCCCCGCCCGUCGUCGCCAAGCCCAAUUGCUCCGACAAGUGCGGCGAUGUGACAAUCCCCUUCCCCUUCGGGAUCGGGCCGGCCCGGUGCUUUCUCGACAGCACAUUCGAGAUUCUCUGCAACAACGGGACCGUCCCGGUCCUGUCGAGAUCCGGUCUCGAGGUCCUCGAUAUAGCCUUGCCGGGGUAUUCUCCGGCGGGCGAGCCGAACCCGUUCAGCGAGUACAGGUGGACGCCCACGGGAACGAUCCGGGUAAAGCGGCCAACCUCGUACACGACCUGCCCCGGGAAAGAGAACAAUACCUUAAGGGCUUGGAAUCUGUUUGGGGACAAUUUUUACUACUCGACGGAGAAUUUGUUCGUGUCGGUUGGGUGCAAUAAUCUGGCAGUCAUCAGAGGCGGUGAUCCCACGGUGGUGGGCUGCGAUUCUACUUGCAUCGGAAAUGGCACUAGCAGGUAUAGCUACUGUCUCGGUACUGAUUGUUGUCGGACAUUGAUUCCUUCGGGCAUCCCGGCCAGCAAUGGCAUUCGGUUCCUUGAUCAGACUGUUGCUCCCUCCGAUGCGGCACAAGACAAGUGCAAGUUUGCUUUCAUAGUGGACCGGAAAUGGUUUGGUACAGAUCAAAAGGAUCUAAGUACUCUGCGAGACACGGAUUCUUUUCCGGUGGUGAUAGAUUGGGACGUAAACUGCGGAAGUCUGACCCAAGUCGGCCCAUCUGCCGCUUGUGACAUCUACAGCCCUUCCUUGAAUCAAUCUCUUACUUGUUAUUGUCGGAUGGGCUACACUGGUAAUGCCCUUCUUAAAAAUUGCAAAGAUAUAAACGAAUGCGAGGAUUCAAGGGCUUGCGGGUCAAAGAAGUGUGUGAAUACUUUGGGAGGUUAUCGAUGUGAAGAACGUGGAAAGGUUGCCAAAGUUGUUGGUAUAGGAAUCAGCAUCGGAGUAGGUGCCAUACUAUUGUUUCUUUUAGCCUUGUGGGUGUGGAGAGUCAUGAGGAGGAGGAAGGAAACAAAGCGUAAGAAGAAUUUCUUUAAGAGGAAUGGUGGCCUCUUGCUCCAGCGAGAAGUCUCUUCAAGUGAGGGGAAAUAUGUCGAGAGGACACGAAUAUACAGCUCGGUCGAGCUGGAGAAGGCAACCCACAAUUUCAACAAGAAUCGCGUUCUCGGGCAAGGAGGCCAGGGAACUGUUUACAAAGGAAUGCUCGAGGACGGUAGGAUCGUGGCGAUAAAGAAGUCGAUAGCAAUGGACUCGGACCGAGUGGAUACUUUCAUCAACGAGGUCGUAAUUCUUUCACAAAUAAACCACCGGAAUGUGGUGAAACUCCUCGGAUGUUGCUUGGAGACCGAAGUUCCUCUCUUAGUGUACGAGUUUAUUCCAAAGGCAACUCUCCAUUACUAUAUCCAUAACCCGAUCGACGAUGAAUUUUCUUUAACUUGGGAAAUGAGGUUGAGGAUUGCCUCUGAGAUUGCGGGAGCCCUAUAUUAUCUCCACUCCGCUGCUUCGAUGCCCGUAUAUCAUCGGGACAUCAAGUCGACGAAUAUAAUGCUUGACGAGAAGUACCAAGCCAAGGUAGCCGACUUUGGGACGUCAAAGUCGGUUUCCAUUGAUCAAACCCAUGUCACCACUAAAGUCCAAGGGACGUUCGGAUACCUCGACCCGGAGUACUUCCAAUCUAGCCAGUUCACCGAUAAGAGCGAUGUGUAUAGCUUUGGGGUGGUCUUAGCCGAGCUUUUGACGGGAAAGAGGCCAAUCACGAUGUUGGAAUGCGAAGAGCACCGAAGUCUCGCGACAUAUUUCGUACUAGCAAUGGAGAGGGGUCAAUUGUUCGAGAUUCUUGAUCGACAGGUUAGGGAUCAAGGCUCGGAGGAACAAAUAGCCGGUCUUGCUGAGCUCACUCGGAGGUGCCUCAGUUUAAGUGGUAGAAGUAGGCCGACAAUGAGAGAAGCCGUAUCGGCAUUAGAGAACAUACUUAGAAUGUCGUCGGGUUGUGAUCGAUCGAAUCGGGAGGAAUUGUUAGGUGUUGUUGAGACUGAGAGAACCAAAUCAUUGGUGCAGUCUUGGGAUGAGUAUUCGACGGAAUUGUUUGCUUCAAUUGAGGAAGACAACAUAUCAUCUUCAGACAUCCCUUUGACUACUAGGAAUCAGAACUAAGCGUGUCAUCAAUUAUAAUGUGACUAUAGUUGAGAGGAUAACUUGCCAGAAUUUCUCUAUUCGUUAUGAGGGUUUGCAUAAUGUAUAAUGUACGGUAAACUUACACUACACGUCCCAGUUUUUGAAUUAUAUAGAUAAAUUUACUUGCACUAAAUUCCAGUUUUUGAAUUAUAUAGAUAAAUUUUGUCUGUUUAA